AUGCCCCUCGAGCGCCAGGGGAGGAAGAGCAAGAGCAGGAGCAGGUGUGACUGCAACGACGAGUCAGCCUAUAGGGAGGAGGCAGCUCUCGAAAUGGUCUCAAACUGGUCGGUGGACCCUUUAAUGGAGUGUAACCACACAGCAGCCUGGAAUUGGGUGUACUCCAUCCAGCCAGUUUACAUGUCCGUCAUCUGCCUGCUGGGAAUGGUGGGCAACACCUUCGUGCUGUGUGUGUUCUGCUUCCAGAAGAGACACAGCACAGUGGCAGACAUCUACCUGGGGAACCUGGCUGCUGCAGACCUCCUCAUGGUGUCCUGCCUGCCCUUCUGGGUGGUGGCGGUCAUACAGGAGUUCCACUGGCCAUUUGGUGAGCUUAUGUGUCAGCUGGUGAACAUUGUGAUUGGGAUGAACUACUACUGCAGUGUCCUGUUCCUUACGCUGGUGAGUGUGGACAGGUACCUGGUGCUGGCACGUCCCCUGUCGUCCCAGGGCAGGGGAAGAAAACCAGCCUGGGCCAGCGGGAUCUGCCUGGUUGUCUGGGUGGUGGGCGCUCUUCUCAGCCUCCCAGCCCUGCUCUUCCGAUCCGUCCAGUUCUUCCCCCAACUGGGGGUGGAGGCGUGCUACAUGGCAUACCCCCACGACGGCUGGAGGCUGCGCUACAACCUGACCGUCAACAUAGUGGGCUUUCUGGUUCCUAUACCCGUUGUGUCCUUCUGCAGCUACCACAUCAUCAGUGUCCUACGGGACAACCAGGCGAGCAGGAUGAGGAGCACGACGGCGGCAGGCACGGAGAGGAAGGCUGCCCACCUGGUGCUUAUCGUCCUGGCCAUCUUCAUCCUCUGCUGGCUGCCCUACCAGGUAGUCAUCUUCCUGGAUACCCUGUAUCACUAUGAGGUCAUCUCUGGCUGCGGCUGGAUGGAUGUAUUAGAAAUCAGCACUCAACUGGCUACCUACCUGGGCUACAGCAACAGCUCACUGAACCCUUUUCUGUACGUGAUUGUGGGGAAGCACUUUAAGCAGAGGGCAAGAGGGGUAUGUAGACAGAUGAUGUGCUGUGGAAAGGGAAGGAAGUCCUAUCAUAUUGUCAAUCUCAACUCCACCAUUAAGUACACAGACUCCACUAAGGUAUGA